GGUGGCAGUGAGGCUGGUGGCAGGACCUACAGGGAACGAUUGUCAGCCUUCUACGGGAAGUACGCACCCAACAAGUUGGGGCAAGUGGAUGCGCAGCUGGAGAAGUACGCUGGACGUGAGGAGGAUUUCCUUGCCGCCCUCGUGCAGAAGUACGGGCCAGAACCUGAAGUGACGCCUGCUGCGCCUCCUAUUUCAUGUGGUGGCAGUGAGGCUGGUGGCAGGACCUACAGGGAACGGCUGACAGCCUUCUACGGGAAGUACGCACCCAACAAGUUGGGGCAAGUGGAUGCGCAGCUGGAGAAGUACGCUGGACGUGAGGAGGAUUUCCUUGCCGCCCUCGUGCAGAAGUACGGGCCAGAACCUGAAGUGACGCCUGCUGCAUCAGCGUCGGCGGUGGAAGAUGAGACGGGAAGUAAUUCUCCAACGCACGCUGGAUCUUCGACAAUGCAGGAGUUCCUCCCCAACAGCGUGAUGCCAGAGGCGAACGUUAUGGCUGCACACAUUGAGGAUAAAGAGAGACAGGGGCUGGUGCGUGAGCUUGCCGUUGAACUAGGCGUGGCGGUGGAGAGUUACGACACAGUUGUGGCGCUUGAGGCGCUUCUCGACGCCAAGACUGUCAUGGCGGUGACGGCAGCC